UCUGUCCGUCCAGCUGAAGAAGCGCGCCAACAGUACUCUCAUUCCGUAUCAGAGAGAGGGGAGAGAGAGAGAGAGAGAGAGAGAGAGAGAGAGAGGAUGGGGAUCGAGCACCUGAGUCACCCGAAGCACUCGCUGGUGAUAUGCAAGAAGGCGGACUACAGCGGAAAGAGUUGCGCGGGCUGCGGCGGCCCCUGCUCCGGCAUGAUCUACGGCUGUAAUAUCUGCAACUUCUUCCUCGACAACUCCUGCCGCGACCUCCCCCCUAACAUCUUCCACCCUUCUCACCCCGAUCACCGCCUCACCCUUCGGACCUCCGCCUCCAGCUUCCGCUGCUCCUCUUGCUCCAAAUCCGGCUCCGGCUUCAGCUUCGGCUGCUUGUCCGGCUCCGGCUGCGACUUCUCCCUCGACGUCCACUGCGCCGUCCCCCGCCCGAUCAGGCACAAGUUCCACCUCCACCCGCUCAGCUUCUUCAAUGAGUGGAAAGGGAGGUCCCUGAGCUGCGAUUUCUGCCGGAAGCCUUGCGAAUCGCUCGUGCUGUACUGCCUCGAGUGCCAGUUCGGUAUACACUUGCUGUGUGGGCCUCUGCCGAGUACGAUCCAUUUCGAGGACUGCCACGAGGACCGCCUCACCCUCACACUCUCUCUUGAGGUGGACGAGGAUGACAGUGAUGAUGAGGAAUGUUUCUAUUGCGACGUGUGUGAGAAGGAAGUUGAACUCCAUACUCCUGCUUACACCUGUAAAGGAUGCUACACCCUCGCUCACAUCACGUGUGUCAUCGAUGAGGUGCUGACUUCGUUGAAGAGAGAGCAUACUGUGCCGUUGAUUAGUAUCGAUGGAAAAGCUGAGCAAGAUGGUCAAAGUGCUGAAAAGGCGGCGAAGAUGAAAACCCUGCAAGGCAUAAUGAAUGAUUUUAAUGACAGCGAGAAGAAGGAUUUGGAUAAACUCUUCAAGAGGAGAGUGGCAGAAAUUGUGAGAGCGUGGGCCUUCCGCAAGACGAGCGCUUGCAGUAGGAUCCAGUCACCGUUUUCUGAUCAAGUGUUUGUGAAGUUCAUGGAUAGGCUUCAUAACCUCAAUAUCCAUCACACAGAUCCUUCCGCAUUGGAUGAAGAGGGUGAAGAGCUUGUGGCCGUGGGAGAAUACAAGGUGACCAGGAAAUUGGCUCCUGUGCUGGAAGAUCUAUUUGCCAAAUAUGGGGAUGUCAGUGCAAAAGGCAUAUUGAGCUCGGAUUCCAAAGUUAAGACGUAUGUGUUUGUAAUUUUGUGUUGGACCAUAAAUAGCAUGCUCCACACCAAAGUGAGUGAGAUCUCCGAAGGCUUGCUAUAUCGUUGGUGGAGCUACCUCAUCUUUGUACACUCUUCGGCGUUUGAAAUCACCUUUGGCAUUGAUCGUUUAAAGGAAGUCAUACGAGCUCACUACAGUCUACGGGAUGAGAGCAACACCAUUACAAAGUUAGAUAGAGAGAUUGCGGAUCUUACAGAUGAGAUUCAUGAACUUAAACAGAAGCUGGAUAAAAGGGAAAAGAGAUUACGGGCAAGGAAUCUGGUGCGGAUAACGUAUGGACGUCCCACUGAUGAAAGCUUGAAGGAAGCCUAUGCGAGCAAGGCUUUGGCCUGGAAAUGGCAAAUCUAACUCGUCAACAAUUUUUCACUUUAUUCUAGCUAGAUAUGGAUGUUGAGAUCUUUUGCAUGCUAAGAGUCUGGUCUGUCAAGGUGUGGGAGAGUUAAAAGAGUGGCAGUGUAUAAUAAUAUUAUUGUUCAGAAAUUGUUGCAUGUAGCGUACAAUGUCAGAAGAAGUAGCUCGUGCAUGGCUUGUGAAGAUGUCUUUAAAUGCCGCCGUCCGUAAUUUAGAAAAACAUCCUGUUUAUAUGCGUGUGGCUUUUAAGUAGAGUACUGAGGAUGUAUAAUAUAGUAUAGUGAUAUAGUUCAUCUAUUCUUCUUCUU